AUGGGUUCUGAAAACACCACCAACCAGAGCGUCUGUGACGUGCUCGUCUACCAGCGAGCGGCCACGUUCCUCUUCCCAGCUUUCUACUCUCUGCUCUUCAUCGUCAGCAUAUGCGGGAACGCUUUGGUCCUGUCAGUGAUGUGCCAGAGACGGCAGAAGUUUAACUCCACCACCGUCUACCUGUUCAACCUGGCCUUGUCGGACGGAUUGUUCACUCUGACACUGCCGGGGAGGAUAGUUUACUACAUCCUGCACUUCGACUGGCCUUUUGGGGACUAUGCAUGCAGGAUGACCACACUUCUCUUCUUUGCCAACACAUACGCAGGUAUUGGCUUCAUGACUUGCAUCAGCCUGGAUCGCUAUCUGGCUGUGGUGCACCCUCAGCGGCUGCGUUGUAUGCGACGUGUCAAGGUGGUCCGCUGGGUCUGCUGCUUGGUCUGGGCUCUGGUCUUAGCACAGGUUGCCCCUCUGCUGUUCCACAGCAUGCUGCAGGAUCACAAGGGCAGACGGACAUGCAUGGAGUAUUUCAACCUUGAUAGCUCCGACUGGAUGCCGCGCGUCCUGCUCCUGGCCUGCGUCAUCUCCUUCUGCUGCCCGCUCACCGCCAUACUGGCCUCCUACGCCAGUAUUCACCGAAAGCUAAAGGCCGUAUCCGAGUGCAACUCUGCAUCCAGAAGGAACCAUCGAACCAACAUGAUCAUCCUCUUAAUCCUCCUAACCUUUGUUGUUGUCUUCGGCCCGUACCACAUCAACGUGAUGCAGUUCAUGAGUCGAAAGAUGCAUCAUGAGGUGUCCUGUGAGGAACUUAGGGCCUUCAAGACGUCUUCCCAGAUUACCUUCUCGCUCAUGAAUUUCAACUGCUGUUUGGACCCAGUCAUCUACUUCUUUGCCAUUAAGACAUACAAGAAGCAACUCUUAAGCCUGUUUAAGGACCUCCUGUGCGCUUCCUCCAACACCACUUCAACCAAGACGACUGAGAACAGCAGCAGCAACAGCUGA